AUGGAUGUAGAGGAGUUGACUGAAUCCAUCAUCAGAGGGCUCAUGUUUCUGGCAGGGAUCCUUGGAAACAACUGGCUGGCUAUACGCUCCCUGCCCGGGAAGAAAUCUGGCAUCCGCACCAAUGAAGUCCUUUUCAUCAACCUGGCCGUCUCCAACCUCAUCACCAACUACCUGGUGGACCUGCCCGACACCAUGGCAGAUUUCACCGGACAUUGGUUCCUGGGGGAAACCUACUGCGGUGUGUUUCGUUUUUGUGCCGACCUCUCUGAAACCAGCAGCAUCUACACAACGUUCUUCAUCAGCACUUUCUGGUACCAGAAGCUCGUUGGCUCCCUGAAGCGUGGAGGUGCGCCAGUGCAGCUGGACAGUUUGUGCUUGGUGGGCUGUCUGCUGGCUGGGAGCUGGACGGUGGCUUUGGUCUUCAGCAUCCCACAUUUCUUCUUCAUAAAAGUGGAGACUGGAAAUGACAGCCAUGCAGACUGCAUUGAUGUCUUCCCUAAUGCAAUAGCCAUGCAAAUUUAUGACGUCUUUUAUUUAAUCCUGGCUAAUGCUCUUCCUAUUGCUGGGAUUGUAUUUGCCAGUGUCCAGAUUGUCAUCACGCUGCUCCAAAACCAGCGUCGCAUAAAAGGUCAUAACUCUGAUGCUACCAAGGAGAUGGUUAAAGACGAAAUCGAGAGUGAUGAAAGUAGAAAUAAUGGUACAUCCGUCACCUUUGCUUCCGGUCCAAGCACCUCAAAAGAUCCCAAUGAUUCUGCAUCCCUCACUCACAUUUAUACAGGUCAAAGCGCUCCCCCAAACACAGAAACAAACAAACACAGCAGAGCUGGAGCUCCACCAAGUCUUUCAAGGCCCAGCCAGAUGCCAGCCAAGCCCAGUCCGAGCUCGAGCACUCAGGUGAGGGCGGCCAAGAGUGUUGUGGCUGUAGCCAGUGUGUUCCUGGUCUGCUGGCUGACUCAUCUGCUCCUGCGUAUCACCAACAGCAUCCACACCUCGUCGAUGUUGGUGGAGGUGGCCAGCUAUAUUGCAGCCUCCUACACCUGCAUCAUCCCCUACAUAUUCCUGCACGGAGUGAAAAAGCUUUCUUGCACGUGCAAAGGGUAG